AUUUUCAGUUCCAGUGAUGCAGUGAAGAGCAUAGUUUUGUAACGCUCGAUCUGUUCAGCCAUGUAAAGCAGAGGCAGGGAAUUAACACUGUUAACAUAAAAAAUAACAUUUAACUCUGGUGACACCUUGAGCAAGAGCUCAUACCGCUCCCAUCAAGGACUUGUGGAUAAACUCAUCAAGAUCCAUUAAAUAACAUGGCACGUCUUUCUUUUAAAACUGUAUGCAAAGGCACAGCGCUUCUGCUCUUUUUCAUUAUUCUGGGUUUGAAUGCACAGAGUAAUACAGAUAUCACAUCACUCCCUGUCACUUUAAGUAUAACUUCAACUGAGGAGAACACAUCUUCUCAGGCACUGUCUACUACAACGGCCCCUGCCACUACAAGCUCUCCUUCAACUGAGUCUCAAACAUCAGUUUCUACGACAGCACCUGUCACUACAAGCUCUCUUUUAAAUGAGACUCAAACAUCAUCUCCUACAAGUAUUUUCAUUCAUGGACAUCUGACAGCCUCUGUCACUACAAGCUCUCCUUCAACUGAGUCUCAAACAUCAGCUUCUACGACAGCACCUGUCACUACAAGCUCUCUUUUAACUACUACUCAAACAUCAUCUCCUACAACAGCCCCUGUCACUACAAGCUCUCUUUUAACUACUACUCAAACAUCAACUUCUACAACAGCACCUGUCACUACAAGCUCUCUUUUAACUACUACUCAAACAUCAUCUCCUACAACAGCCUCUGUCACUACAAGCUCUUCCUCAACUGAGUCUCAAACAUCAGCUUCUACGACAGCCCCUGUCACUACAAGCUCUCUUUUAACUACUACUCAAACAUCAUCACCUACAACAGCCUCUGUCACUACAAGCUCUUCCUCAACUGAGUCUCAAACAUCAGCUUCUACGACAGCCACUGCCACUACUAGCUCUCCUUCAACUCUCCAGUCUCAAACAUCAUCUCCUACAACAGCCACUGCCACUACAAGCUCUCCUUCAACUGUCCAGUCUCAAACAUCAGCUUCUACGACAGCCCCUGUCACUACAAACUCUCUUUUAACUACUACUCAAACAUCAACUCCUACAACAGCACCUGUCACUACAAGCUCUCUUUUAACUACUACUCAAACAUCAACUCCUACAACAGCCUCUGUCACUACAAGCUCUCCUUCAACUCUCCAGUCUCAAACAUCAGCUUCUACGACAGCCCCUGUCACUACAAACUCUCUUUUAACUACUACUCAAACAUCAACUCCUACAACAGCACCUGUCACUACAAGCUCUCUUUUAACUACUACUCAAACAUCAUCUCCUACAACAGCCACUGCCACUACUAGCUCUCCUUCAACUUUCCAGUCUGAAUCAUCAGCUUCUACGACAGCCCCUGUCACUACAAGCUCUCUUUUAACUACUACUCAAACAUCAUCUCCUACAACUCCUGCAAAUACAAGCUCACUUUCACCUGAGUCUAAAAAAUCAGCUUCUACAGCAGCCACUGCAAGUACUAGCUCUCCUUCAACUAAGUCACAAACAUCAGCUACUACAAGUUCCUCUAAAACAGAGUCUAACACUUGGCUGAUUGUUGGCAUAGUUUUGGCAGUGAUCUUUUUUUUCUUCAUCAUCAUUCUCACUCUCUUCUUCUGUUCAAGAAGACAAACCAAAAAACAAUGUCCAGACAUCCUUGCGCACACCAUUAGUAAUAACAUUAGUAUUGCUUUGAGAAUAGAAGAUUAUGAAGAGUACUUUAAGCAGAAACAUAAGGAUUCCAACUGUGGUUUUGCUGAAGAGUAUGAGGAGUUGAAGACUGUUGGAACAGCACAGUCAAAGAACACUGCCCUGGCUAUUGAAAACAAGCCGAAGAACCGUUACGGCAAUGUGCUACCUUAUGAUGUUUCAAGAGUGAAGUUAUCAAUGUGCGGCAGUCUCUUAGAUGACUACAUCAAUGCCAACUACAUCCCAGGUUACAAUUCAAGAAAAGAGUUUAUAGCAGCUCAGGGUCCUCUGCCCGUCACAGUGAAUGAAUUCUGGAGAAUGGUCUGGGAGAAGAACGUCCACACCAUAGUGAUGCUGACCAGAUGCAAUGAGAUGGGACGAGUGAAAUGUGAGAAGUACUGGCCAUCUGGGACUAAUCAUUAUGAAAAUUUCUCUGUGACGACCACCUCAGAGAUAGAACUGGAGAGUUGGACCAUAAGAGAUUUCACAAUCAAAAAUGUAAAAACAGCAGAAACUCGUUACAUACGUCAGUUCCACUUCACGGCGUGGCCAGAUCAUGGAGUUCCACAGACCACUGAAGUCCUCAUUGACUUCAGACACCUGGUGAGAGAACACAUGGACCAGUACUCACGCCACUCUCCUGCUGUGGUGCAUUGCAGUGCCGGUGUGGGAAGAACUGGGACCUUCAUUGCCAUUGAUCACCUGAUCUUCCAGAUUGAAAGAGACAGUAUGGUGGACAUCUAUGGAAUUGUUAAUGAUAUGCGCAUGCACAGGCCUCUCAUGGUGCAGACUGAGGAGCAAUAUGUUUACCUCCACCAGAGUGCGUAUGACAUAAUUCGAUCAAGAACGGGAUCCAACAUGGACUUAAUUUACCAAAAUGCAAUAGAGCUUAGUGUCUAUCAGAAUGUACAAUAUCAAAAAUUGUAAAUGUUUUCAAUACAUGUCCUUUAUAUAUAGUUGGAUGUAAUAUAUUGUUUGUAAACAACGCAAAGACGCAUGCAAAAACAUGUCCGGGAGUAAGUUCAUUCAAUACAGAGUAUGUUCCUGAAACCAACUCUAAGAUAAAAAGCACGGCAUGCUGUUUCUUUCUUCUUCUUCCUUUCAAAGGUCAUUAUACUUGUGGUUGUGCAAUAUUUCAUCUUUGAAAAUAAGAAUUAUAUUGUUAGUUUAAUGCUAAUUAUAUAUAAUAUUGAGAACAAUCUGUCAUGCCCACUGGAAUCUGGAGUUAACCAUGCACUGAACUAAGCGAUCCCUGAAGCAUAACCUACUCCGGUUAUCUUCAGAGAGCAAGUUGCCUUGGCUACUUAAAUACUAUGAAAGUUACCUUAGUAUUUAAACUGAAGGUUGAGGUUUUCUUACUCUUAAACAUAUCCAUGCCACAUAUCCUGCUUUCUGGAACACCCCCCAGUACUUGUUUCCCUGUUUGUCCUGCCUUGCUUUGUGGAUGUAAACCUGUUUCCUUUGCCUAAGACUUAUAUUAAAAUACUUUAUUUAUUCUUA